UCACACGAGCUGCAGGGGAGUUAAUUGUAAUUUCUGUGUUUUACUAACUGUGUGCGGCACUAUGAUUAAAGUGUAGCUGUUCGCUGGACUGAUGGUUCUCUUGCUCGAGAGUAUCUUGUCCAGGCACUUUUGUUGGAGGCAGGUUUUGUUAUUGAUGCUACGUCAUUGAGUGGGUUCAGUCUAGCUCAGACCAAUACUAUAAAAGCCGGCUUGGGAGAGAUAUGCACUUUGCAAUUGUGUUUCGUUUUUUCUGAGACCUACAUUACCUGAUUCUGUUGUAGAAACGAAACGAAGGAAAAAAAAAAAAAGGAUAUCCAAAAUGACUCAUCGCUGCCUUGUAACAUUACUUCAGUGUCUCCACGUGAUUGCUCUCACCAGCGCAGCUUCCGAUGGCUCUAAGUGGACCUAUACGGGACUUGAGGGCCAAUAUGACUGGCCAAAGAAGUAUCCUUACUGUGGAGGGGUGUCCCAGUCCCCUAUUGAUAUCCGCAACGAACUUCUGCAGUACGACCCCACCCUCCGACCUGUCGAGGUGCGGGGCUAUAACAACUACACAGAGCCACUCCCCUUGAUCAACAACGGCCAUUCUGUGAAAAUGUCUCUCCCUUCAACCAUGUACAUCAGCAGCCUGCCUCACCGCUACUCUGCAGCUCAGCUGCACUUGCACUGGGGAAGCGUGGACCACCUUGGAGGCUCUGAGCACACCAUCAAAGGGAAACAGUAUCCAGCAGAGAUGCACGUUGUGCAUUUUAACUCUGACAAGUACGGCAAUCUUUCCACAGCAAUGGACAAAGCCGAUGGACUGGCAGUACUGGGGGUUUUCAUUGAUGUUGGGGCGUUCAAUCCGGUCUUUGAUCAUAUUCUUAGCCAUCUUGGAAGUGUGAGAUAUAGAGAUCAGGUAGUACAAAUUCCUGCCUUUAAUGUCUUCAAUCUGCUCCCUGAGCGGCUGGAUGAGUUCUACCGGUAUGAUGGAUCCCUGACCACCCCACCCUGCUACCCUAGUGUGCUGUGGACAGUCUUCAGAAACCCUGUCAGGAUAUCACAGGAGCAGCUCCUGUCAUUGCAAACUGUAUUGUACAGCACCCACGUAAAUGAGCCAGUCUCCUUGAAGAUGAAUCAAAAUUACAGACAUCCUCAAGAGACCAAUUAUAGGCAUGUCCUAGUGUCCUUCCGUGAUGGCAGAGGAAAUAUUCAAAGGACACGCCUUCAUUCCCGUGGAAACAAAUUAUCCAAAAGUUACAAACUAGAGACCUUGCAGACCUGGCAGAUGAGGGAAUGCCCAUGCUACUCCCCCAAUUGAAACGGUUUGGAAACUCCACCCCCCCCCCGGCCAGUACAGAGUGGGCAGAUCAUUAGAGUCGAGGGGUGCAGAAUACACACUACAGAGCUGGGAACCCUUUACACCCCAAGAACAACAAUAGGAAUCCAAAGAACUGGAGUUGGCCAGAUGGCGCAAAGGUACAUGCCCAAGACAAAGGUAGUGUGUUGCCAGCAUACUGGAAAUACUGGCAGACUGGCAUCUGCAAUCCUGGAGACGACAUGUUUUGGAACUCUGGAACAGCAUAUUCGAAGAGGAGUCGCAGAAAGAGAAGUGGCCAAUGUCAUUAGUGAGGUUAUUUUUCUGGAGUUGAACCUUAGGAGUUACUUGGAGGGGAGGUCAUGUCUUGCUGUCCCGACAAUCAGAAACAUUAUCCGCAGUCGCAACACCGAAGAAGCCGCUCUCUGCUGACGCAACCAUUGGGCUUUUAAACAAGGGCAGGUUCAGCAUAGAAUUCUAUUGUGCUCGCCGCGGACGGGAAGGACUGCGCAAACUGACAUGGAAGUCGUUUAGUCCACAUAUCUAAUGCUGGUUACAAUCUAGGGAAAUUAUGCUAGUUACCAGCAUCGGUGUGAAAAUAGCCUCAUAAAUUAUUUGUCCGCUUCUCUUGAAGCCUGAAUAGCUAAAUGGCUUUUGUGUUGAACAUAAUGUGAAAGUUAGCAAUACAGAAAGGAAAUGAAAUGCAGCAAUUGUUCCCACAUACAGUAAACCUGUGCUGAUGGACUCUCUUCAUGGACUAGAACACUGGUGACUGGUUUCAUAGACUUAGUACUAAUAUUUGAUUACCUUAGCUAAAAUAACAUUAGGGAGUAUUUGAGUAGCUCUGUGGAAUAUAGAUUAGCAGCACUAACUACAGAAUCAAUACAAUCUGAACUAGGUCACAAUCCAGCACCUAAUUCUCAACUAACAUGAAGGGAAAUGCAUUCUGCAUACAGAGGGCUUAUUAUACUAUUAAGGCAUUGCAAUGCCAUAAUUCAUAUUUUUCAAAUAAUUUAAUAUAUGACGAGCCUUGCAAGCAACUUGGAUCUAAUUCAAUAGACUGAAAAAGCAUCUCUGAGUUGUUAUUGAGUGUGACAGUGUGAGGGAGCUGACGAAUACCCUGCCCAAGUGACACCAUUAAAGGUUUGAUUUAGUUGAAUAGCACUUACUCCCACACGCAAACUUUUUUUUUUUUUUAAUUGCCAAAGCCAAAUAUGCUUAUAACUAACCAGAAACUGUAUUAUUGAACAUAUGCAAUUACUGAUAAUUCAGUCAGGAUAUUGGAAUCUGUGUACAAAGUGUAUUCAGGUCGAUUUUAUAGAUAGAUAUAAAUGGACAGCAAUAUUGUGACUCUUUCUGCAAUAUACAGUUACUAUUAUUACUGUAAAAACCUUUUGUAUAAGUCUGUUUUCUAGGUAUUUUAGGGGGUUCUAAAUCAACACAUGAUUCUACCUUGGUGCAAGUUGGGCAAUAGAGCAAAAAAUCAGCUGGCGAUAGAGCAGCACAAAUCCAUUAUUCGGAUCAAGCACCACAGAAUAGGGUCUGGUGUUGAUUGGCCGUGUUUGCAUUUCCCAGUGAAGAAGCAGCUGCUUGGGUUGCUGUUCUCCGCAGAGUCUAAGAAAAGCAGCAGUCCUCACAAAAAAGAGCAGCUGUUUCUUCACUGGGAAUGGGAAGUCAGACCAAUCGACACCAAUGCCUCUCAUCUGAUUGUCGGCACCUGAUUUCUGUUUCCGAAUAGUGGCUUCGUUCAGCACCAGCCAAUGAGAUCAAAGACAAUGACUGAUUGUUUAAGAAAUGUUCACAAUUAAUACUUUCUUACAACCCAGUGCCUUGGAGGACACAAUGACAUCUUCAUACCUUUCUAUUUUAGUUCUAUAAAAAAGGUUUCCAUUUUUCCACUUCUUCUGUUAUUUAAAUACAGUUUAUCUGCAGAGAUUUUAAAUAAAACUAUAUUUACACAGAUGGCAUAUUACCAGGUAUAGUUCUCCUGCUUGUUGCUUUUUUCAGUAAAUUAUAGUAAUAAGCACUG